AUGGAGAAAGACAACCCCCCCAGCCAUGAGCACGAAGUGUGCAUCGUCGACGAGAUCGAGUCGCAGCGCCUGGCCAAAGGCCUCGAGCAGCGCCACGUGCAGAUGAUCGCCAUCGCCGGCGCCAUCGGAACCGGCCUGUUCCUCGGGCUGGGCAGCUCUAUCCAGACGGGCGGCCCGCUGGGCGCCCUGCUGGGGUACGCGCUGGUAGGGACGGUGGUGUGCGCGGUGCAGUUUGCGCUGGGCGAGGUGUCGGCGCUGAUGCCGGUGACGGGGUCGUUUGUGCGACACGUCGAGGUGCUGGUCGACCCGGGGCUGGCGUUUGCGGUGGGCUGGAACGUGGUAUACGGGGCAUUGACCAGCGUGCCGAGCGAGAUCACGGCGUGCGUGGUGCUGAUCCAGUACUGGAGCGAGACGGACGCGGCGGUGUGGGUGACGGUGAUGAUUGUGGCGACGGCGGCGAUGGCGCUGCUGUUUGUGCGGGCGUACGGCGAGAUCGAGUUCGUGCUGGCCAUCCUCAAGAUCCUGCUCAUCGUCGGCGUCGUGCUGAUGGGCCUCGUCAUCGACCUGGGGGGUGUCCCCGGGCAGCCGCGGCUGGGCUUCCACUACUGGCGCGACCCGGGCCCGUUUGUGGCCUACAUCGCGACGGGCUCCUGGGGCCAGUUCCUGGGCUUCUGGGCGGUCAUGUCCAACGCCGUGUACUCGUUUGCGGGCGUCGAGAGCCUGGCCAUGGCGGCGGCGGAGAUGCGCAACCCGCGCCAGAACCUGCCCAAGGCCUGCAAGCGGGUGUUUGCGCGCGUCACCCUCUUCUACCUCGUCUCCGUGCUGAUCGUCGGCAUGCUGGUCUCCAGCAGCGAUCCGCGCCUGGCGGACGAGUCGGGCACCGCGGCCGAGAGCCCCUUUGUGAUCGCCGCCUCGGACGCGGGCAUCAAGGUCGUGCCCUCCAUCAUCAACGCCGUCGUCCUCUCCUCCGCCUUCUCCUCCUCCAACCAGAGCAUCCUGGCCGGCACCCGCACCCUGUACGGGCUGGCGCUCAAGGGCCAUGCGCCGCGCGUCUUCCUCCAGACCACCCGCCAGGGCGUGCCGUGGGUGUGCGCCCUGCUGCAGAUCGCCGUCUGCGGCCUGGCGUAUCUGACCUGCUCCAACAGCGCCCUCAACGUCUUCUACUGGCUGCUCGAUCUCACGGCCGCCGGCGUCUUGAUCUCCUGGAGCACCGUCGCCCUCAACCACAUCCGCCUCAUUCUCGCCUGUCGCUCGCAGGGCAUCAGCCCGCGCGAGCUGCCCUGGCACAACCCGGCGACCUACUACUCCUCGUGGUUCGCGCUGGUGAUGUGCCAGAUCUUCCUCUGGACCGGCGGCUUUGCCGUCUUCACGCGUGGCAACUGGAGUGCCGCCGACUUUGUCUCCUCCUACCUGGACAUUCCGCUGGUGCUGGUGUUCUACCUGGGCUACAAGUUCUGGAAGAAGACCAAGAUCGUGCCGCUGAAGGACAUUCCCAUCCGCCAGGCCUUGCUCGAGGCCGAGAAUGACCCGGAGAAUGUGCCCAUCAAGGCCAGCGGCUGGUCGAGAUUGAAUAUCUUGUGGGGAUAG